GCGGCGGCGGCUCAGCCUGAGGCGGGGUGAUGCUGCAGACGAUGCCCUUCCAGGGCCUGCCCGGCCAGCGGGUGCCAGGGGCCCUUGACUUCCCUGGAAGCCCCCUGAAGUUUCGCUCCGGGUCAGAGGCGGAGUCAGAGGCCUCCAUGUCGGAGGCCUCCUCGGAGGACCCUGUGCCACUCCCGGAGGCCGAGGUGGCCCGGGAUGAGGAGGAGGCUUCGAAGAAGAAGAAGAAGCCCAAAGGCCUGGCCGGCAUGUUCAGCAUCUUCACCAAAGGCAAGAAGAAGAAGGGCCAGUCCGGCGCCGCGGAGCGCGAGGCCCAGCCCGAGGCCCCGCCUGAGGCCCCGCCGGGGCUGGGGGGCCCGCUGCCCACAGUGGAGGAGCUCAAGGCGGACCUGGAGCGCGGGCGGCUGGAGGCGGCGGGGCCGCUGCUGCGGCUGGAGCGGGAGCUGCGGGAGGCCGCGGCGGCGGGCGGCGUGAGCGAGGAGGAGCUGGUGCGGCGCCAGAGCAAAGUGGAGGCGCUGUACGUGCUGCUGCGCGACCAGGUGCUGGGGCCGCUGCGCCGGCCGCUGGAGGCGGCGCCCGAGCGGCUGCGCCAGGCGCUGGCCGUGCUGGCCGAGCAGGAGCGCGAGGAUCGCCGCGUGGCGGCCGCGGAGCCCCCGCCCUCGGCGCUGGCGGCCACGCGCCCGCGGCACUGGCUGCAGCUGUGGCAGCGCGCGGUGGCGCAGGAGGCCGAGGGGCGGAUGGGCCGGCCGCCCGCCGCCGCCGAGGGCCUCUCGGAGGCCGAGCGCACGUUCCUGUCCAUGGGCCGCACCAUGAAGGAGGACCUGGAGGCCGUGGUGCAGCGGCUGAAGCCGCUCUUCCCCGCCGAGUUCGGUGUCGUGGCCGUCUACGCCGAGAGCUACCACGCGCAGUUCGCGGCCCAGAUCGCGGCCAUGGCGCAGUUCGAGCUGUGCCAGCGCGACACCUACAUGCUGCUGCUCUGGGUGCAGAACCUCUACCCCAACGACAUCAUCAAUAGCGCCAGCCUGGCAGGGGAGCUGCAGGGGAUCAACCUGGGGAGCCUCCUGCCCCCCAAGCAGGUCCGGCUGCUGGAGGCCACGUUCCUGUCCAACGAGGUGGCCAGCGUGAAGGAGCUGAUGGCCCGAGCCCUGGACCUGGAGUCACAGCGCUGGGCCCAGGAUGUGGCCCCCCAGAGGCUGAACGGCCACUGUCACAGCGAGCUGGCCAUUGACAUCAUUCAGAUCAUCUCCCAGGGCCAGGUCAAGGCCGAGAGCAUCACGCCUGACCUGGGCAAGCAGAUACAGCACAUGCUGCUGGCGGAGCUGGCUGCGUUUCUGAGGAGCUACCAGCGAGCCUUUGAGGACUUUCUGGAGAGGUGCAAACAGCUGCAAAAUUAUAGGGCCAAUGUGAUGGCCAACAUCAACAAUUGCCUGUCCUUCCGGAUAUCCUUGGAGAAGUGGCAGGCGCCACAGAGCCUCCUGGGCCCCCUGAAUGAGCUCAAGAGCCACGGCUUUGACACCCUGCUCCAGGGCCUGUUCUGGGACCUGAAGCCGCUGUUCAAGAGGUUCACACAGACCCGCUGGGCGGCCUCUGCGCAGACCCUGGAGGAAAUCGUCUCCACCGUGGAGACAAAGCUGCCCGAGUUCUCAGAACUGCGCGAGUGCUUCCAGGAGGAGCUCAUGGAGCUUGUCCACCUGCACCUGGUGAAGGAGUACAUCGUGCGGCUCUGCAAGCGGCGUGUGGUCCUCAAGACCGCGGAGCAGCAGCAGCAAUUGGCCGGGCAGGUCCUGGCCAACGCCGAAGUCAUCCAGCACUUCUGCACUCAGAUUGGCUCCCCGGCCACCUGGCUGCACCACGCCCUCCCGACCCUCGCCGAGAUCAUCCGCCUGCAAGACCCCAGUGCCAUCAAGAUCGAGGUGGCCACUUACGCCACCUGUUACCCUGACUUCAGCAAAGGCCACCUGAGCGCCAUCCUGGCCAUCAAGGGGAUGUCCAGCAGUGAAGUCAAGAGCAUCCGGAGCAUCCUGGACGUCCACACGGGGGCCCCCGAGGCCGCCAAGGCCCUAUUUUCACUUAUAAAGGUUGGUUAGCUUUUCCUGUGGACUGACCUGCUUGUGAGCCCCGGCGAGCUUCGGACACACCCCACUUCAAGCCAGUCACCCCACUUGGCUUCCAGCUUCCUGGGCUUCCUGCCUUCUGCUGCUGCUGCUGCCGCCCAGCCCUGGCCUGGUGCAGGCCCGGGGGCAGCUGGAACGGACGGCUCCCAGUUCGUUACCAGCCUGGUGGGGCGGGACCACACCUAUGAGGAGCCAGAGACCAUACGUGAGAAGUGGCUAUUGAUCGUCAUGCACUAAAGGAGCAGAGUGGCCAGGGGUCAGCGACCCUGGGUCACCUCCUAUCCAGGGGGCCCUCCCCGGCCACCUCAGAGCUGCCCUCGUGGCUGGGGCUGAGUGCCUAGGGCCAGAUGCCGAGCCUUACCUACCUGCCCCCUUCACCCAGGGCUGCGACCAGCUGGGCUCAGCAAGUCUGGAAUGGAAGGCAGCUGGGAGGAAAGAAGGGAAAGAUGAGCUCUUGCCUGGGCCUGGGAAGGGGCAGGUAGUCACCCGCAGGCUGGGGCAGAGCCGGUGUCAGAGCCCCUCCAGGUUGCCCUGUGAUCCCAGCAGCUCAGACCCCGACCCCUCUCUGCUUGCCUUGCCCACAGGCACCCCUGCCCAGAAGGGGGCUUCCUGGGUCUUCUAGGGUUCAGGCUGCCCCCCAGGCAGGCCCAGGCCCAGGGGUGCCUUCCUGGGUCCUCCACUGGGCUGGGCAAACUUGACCUCUGACCCCUCUGCACCUAUAUAAGUUACUUACUGCUGCUAUAACGAAUUUCCACAAACUUAGUAUCUUAACACAAGACUAAGUUUCAGUUCUGGAGGUCAGAGUUCUGAUGCGGGUCUAGUGGGCUGAAGGCAAAGGGGCCGGCCGGCGCUGGGCCCUGCUGGCGGCUCCCGGGGAGGAUUCCUGGCCUCUUGCGCUUUUAGAGGCCACCUUCCCAGACGACUCGGCUUGUGGUCCCAUCCAUUUCAAAGCCGUUCACAGGGCAGGGCUUCAGGGCUUCGCUCCCGCCUCCCUCUUCCACUCGCAAGGAGCCCAGCCACUACCUUUGGCCCAUCCAGACGGAUAGCCCAGCACCGCGCUCUGUGAGGCCAGCUGGUUGGCAGCCCGAUUUCAUUCCCUUUCCCGCGAGCCUCACAUGGUCACAGGUUCCAGAGGUUAGGGCGUGAGCAUCUUUGGGGGGCCAUGGUUUUGCCCACCACGGCCUCCAUUCGACCCCCGCCCUGGAGAGCGCCUGGGCCUACCCCAGGAAGACGUGUUCAGUUACCCCCCUGGCCUCGGCCCACCCCAGAGGCCCUCUCAGCAGAUUCAGGUGUGACUCGGCCUCUGAGGGCGCCGCCAGGUCGGGCCAGCUCUCUCUCCAGGGUCCGUCUCUCCGUCCAGGUACUUGGCCAGGAACUGGCCGCGAAAACGGCGCACAGAGCCUUUGUACAUUUGUCGUUCACAUGUUGGAUGUCACUGAUGUUAUUUUUGAUAGCACUGCUUUUGUAUGCGUGUCCUCGGGACACGGUCCGUGUUUUUAUAGCUUGACAUAAAGCUGAUUUCAGAAGCG